GUGUUUCGACACUGCCCUCUAAAGGACGAUGGCGUCAUUACGCUUUAAAACUCCCCCAACUUCCCCUCAAGUGUUUUCACGCGAUAGAUGAUAAAGAUUUCGAAUUUGCCAUUUUAACAUGGGAUUAAUGUAUUAUUGAACCCAUUUCCCAGUGUUAAAUAUAAUAUAUAUAUGAAAAGUGAUUGGUAGCAUUCAAAUGCGCGCUUCGUCGUCGUUUUGUGGGCGUGCGCUUCAAAGGUUGAAGAAACCGAACAGGUUGGACGGAAAGACGCCUCAAGCCUCAAUGGCGAAACAGAUGAAGCCCUCAGUGAAAGUGAAUCCUUCCAAUGUCAUCUUUCCUUCGCUCGGUGCGAGACUUGAUUGAAAUAUCUUUCGUUCAAGCAGAGCGAGAGAAACUUGCGGGACGCGACAUGACGCUGACAUUCCUUCUGGGGUGAACCAAGAAUGGGUGACUAAAAGCGCCGAGAAUCUUCAUCAAGGCUCAGGAGUAUUGCAAUUCAUUUGGGCUGCUGGCCUGAGAGGCGAUGCGCGGGCCACUGUGGCGCAUUGGACUGCUGCUCGGCUUCAUCUUCACCUUCUGCGACACUUUGGACGAGAAGUGCGUGCUGGGCAUCGUGGGCCGGCCGCUGCGGCUUUCCUGCUUUUACCCGGGCGCCGUCGCCCUGACCGACGUCUCCGCGGAGUGGAGGAGGAACGAGGACGAGGUGGUGCGAGGCGACGGCGACGAGGACGACGUCGCUCUCGGCAUGGGCAACUUCACCCUGCGGCUGCCCGCCGUGGACGCCCGGGAGGACAACGCCACCUACAGCGUCAUCGUCACCUCUCGGGGAAACAACAGCGUGGAGGCCUGCACGGUGUGCCUCAGGGUCACUGCAACUUUAAUCGAAAUAGUGCAGUCUGUUCCGAGGUCAAACCGUGGCAAUCAACAAACCUUUAGCGACGUGUUGUUUCCUGCGUGCGCGUCAGCUCCGUUCAGCCCCCCCGAGUUGAAGUGGGAGGAGGCGGCAGCGGAGGAUGCCCCCAGCGUCUUCCAGUGCCACUCGGGCGGCGGCUUCCCCGAGCCGGCCGUCUCCUGGCUGAUUGACGAAGGGGUCCGGGAAAUCCCAGAGGGCUCGGUAGAGACCCUGGUGGAGCUGCGGCCGGACUCGCUCCUCUACUACGUCACCAGCUACCUGACCAUCAACGUGACGGGCGCCAACGUGUCCUGUGUCGUCCACAACACGGCCACCAACCAGACCCUCACCUCCACCACGUACGCGGUGUGGCACGGUCCCGUGGUGACCCGGGCGACCGACGCCUUGUGGGUGUUCAGCACGGCACUGUGCGCGGUGGUGGGUGCCUUGGUGGUCGUGGGCUUGGCCUACCAGAUCCACCUGGACCGCGUGAGCAAGAAGAAGAAGAAACAACACCUGAGGAACAGAAGGCACAGGAGACGUCACGACACGGAGGAAACGGAGGUGGUCACGUUGCGGUCGUGGGAGUCCAGCGUCUGAACCGGAUUCGUCUUCCCGCUCACGAUUAUUAUCUCAGCCAAGGAGACUACGCCAUGACCAAAAGUGAACAGGAAGUCGGCCAUUUCCCGUGAUGGUUAGAAAAAGAAUUGGCCCGACACCAGUUUCACAGGUCGAUACGAAAUUGCGUAUAUCAUGACAGGAUAUGCGAAGGACCUAUUUGGUGUGAACUUGUCCAAAUAGUCCUCAAUCGGUAGUGGCGGUAUGCUAAACUGAAAAUGAAAUUAUCAAGCUUUCUUCCUCCCCCUAAACCAUAAAAAUGGUAGAAGACUGUUUUUUUUGGAGGAUUCGCCAUAGAAAAGGGGACGCAAGGUUUUCCUUCAUCGCUGCUCGCAAAUUUAAUCUUUAACAUUUUUACUUCCUUUGUUGAAGAUGUUAUUUUUUUUUCAAUAAAUGCAUUUUUUUCCGCA